AUGCUUACUCUGCCCGGUGUUAGUUUAUUUAAUGGUGUGGUGUACAUAGUAGUUAUCACAGCGGUUGUUAAAUAUGUGAUUGCACUGGUAACGUUCAUCGGUGAUAUUCGUAAGAAGACCAGAUGCGUACAGCAAUGGCCAGGGUUACAAACCGAACUGCUCACCGGUAGUCUGCGUUACUGUCCUAAAAACAAAGAAGAUACUUUAAUUUGGCGGCGCCAGAUGUCGGAGAAAUGGACCAAUGGUUAUCAGUUUUGGUACGGCCCCAUUUACCCAUCCAUCAUAUGCAACAGUCCAACAUUACUGAGAGCAGUUUGUAAAAACAUCGAAACAAAGCCCGGGAACUCUGCUGGAUACGGCGUACUUGGGCCCUGGCUAGGCUCGGGGCUGUUGGUUAGCAACGGGCAGAGAUGGUUCCGUAGCCGCAAAUUACUGACACCGGCGUUUCAUUUCGAGAUUUUGAAACCAUACGCUAAGAUUUACAACCAAUCGGUUGAUAUACUACUGAAUAAAAUGGAAAAAUACAGUCAGACCGGUGAGAGUUUCGAAGUGAUUCAAAAUAUCAGUCUUCUUACACUGGAUAUACUAUUACGAUGUGCGUUCACGUGGAAGGACAAUAACUGUCAGAUUGGAGGAGAUAACAACCCAUACGUAGCAGCUGUGCGUGAAUUAGCAGACAUUGCCCAAGAACGUAUUAUAACCCCUCUGUGGUACAAUGAUAUUAUAUUCUACCUGACGAGCGCGGGUAAACGAUUCAAGAAAUCGUGCGAUUUCGUGCAUGGGACAUCUGACGAUAUUAUCAAACGUCGUCGGCAAGAAUUGGAAGACAGAACCGUAGAACGGACAGAGAAAACUUAUUUAGAUUUCUUGGACAUUUUAUUAACUGCACGUGACAGUGAUGGUGAGGGGUUAACAGACUUGGAGAUUAGAUCAGAGGCAGACACGUUUUUAUUUGAAGGUCAUGAUACCACAGCUAGUAGUUUGUCCUGGGUUCUCUACGCCUUGGCCUCACAUCCUGAGUUCCAAUACAAGUGUCAACAAGAAAUUGAUGACUUACUGCAAGACAGGAACACGGACGAAAUACGUUGGGACGAUCUUGCCAAGUUGACCUACUUGACACAGUGUAUCAAGGAAUCGAACAGAAUGUAUCCACCAGUAUGUGGAGUGUUACGUACAGCCGAUAAGGAAAUCAAGGUAGAUGGCAAAACAAUUGUACCUGGAGUAAGAGUGGAAAUCAACAUUUAUGGGUUGCACCAUAACCCGGAUGUGUGGCCAGAGCAUAUGGAAUAUAAACCAGAGAGAUUUGACCCAGACCGAGUGGCUACCAUGGACCCAUAUGCAUAUCUACCUUUCGCUGCGGGACCUAGAAAUUGUAUUGGUCAGAAUUUUGCUUUGAAUGAGGAGAAGGUGGUACUGGCAAGAAUCCUGCGUAAAUACACCCUUGAGGUUGAUCCCACGCACACUGUUAGUCCAGCUUUAUAUUUAGUGUUAAAGGCAACCAAUGGAAUCAAGUUGAAGAUCAAAGCCAGACGUUAG